GAUCUCGGCUGAUCCCGUGGAAUAUAUCAACGCCGAGUUCAUCGGCCACGUGACGGACGCGCUAGACUUCGCGCAGGGCCACGAGGUCUUCAAGCCGAUCGCGCCCAACUCUGAUGAGGGGCAGCGCCGCGCCGCACAGGGCGAAGAGGGGCCGGGCCAGCCCGCGUUCACCAUGGAUGCCUUCACGCGCGACUUGGCCCGCGGUGGGGGGCGCACUUGCGUCGCCAGCGAGUGGAACUUGAGCCCGUUCUACACCCUGCAUGGCGGCGCGCCGCGCAACGAGGACAAGAUUGCUGAGCUCGAGCACGCGCGCUUCCGCGAGCCCGUUUUCUACGCGGGCGCCGCGUCGGGCAUGGUGGAUGACCUCUCGGUGAACCCGAUGGCGGUCAAGGGCGGCUGGCAGCGCCCGUCGCCGGAGGUGGCAUUUUUCGCUUUCUUGUUGGCCAUCAAAGACGCCAUCGACAGUAGUGAGCCCGAAGAAACUCUCAUAGCGCACAGCCGGGACAUCCUGGCGACGACCGUGCAGGUCGAGCUUCGCAAAGGGAAGGACAAGACGACAGCCUGGUUUCGCAGCAUCAGCCUCAGGGGUCAGAUCAUGUCCGAAGCCGCUGCAGUGGGCCGCGAUGCGCUUCGGCGUAUCUGCGAGGUCAUGCAGACUCGCGCCAAGCUGGCUGCAACGCUGCCCGAGAAGAAAGACCCCACCCAAAAUGCACCCAACGCAAAAGUCCUCGAGCGGCACGCCGAGCAGGUAGCGUUGAACAAGAGGGCGGAGCCCGCCAACUCUAGCUUCAUUGAAGCCACGGGCCCAGUCGGCAAUCGCAUCGUUAAGAACGAAGCCAACCUGAGCGCCUCCCGCGCGUGCAAGCUAGACCUGAUCGCCACCAGAUGCAACAAGGAUGAGAAGCUGAGCAAGUGGGCGCUCCAUGCGAUCAUCGACCACUGCUUGAAGGGCACCCCUCAUUGUGGCGAGGUCACUUACAAUAACCUCAAGGACGGCAUCGGGGGAAACAAAUGUUUGGGC